AUGGGAUCCUCACCAGCGGUUUCCAAUGCCGUGUUCAAGGAGAUUUCUCGCAGAGCCGUCCCCAUCUCCCUCCACAAUCCAGCUCGUGAUCUUGCGCCUCUCAUCGAACGCAUUGCCAAGGCCAAGGUGGUGAUGCUCGGCGAGGCCACGCACGGGACGCGCGAGUUCUACGAGUGGCGUCGCAUCAUCUCCGAGAUCCUCAUUGCCAACCACGGCUUCACCGUCCUCAACAUCGAAGGCGACUGGCCACCGUGCCAAGAAGUCAACCGCUUCAUCACCAAAAAGGUGAGUUCUUCCGCUAGUGCCGAGGAGCUCCUUGCAAAGUCAUUCAGGCGAUGGCCGACUUGGAUGUGGGCCAACGACGAGUUCCGGGCGAUGGUGGAGUGGAUGAAGGAGUUCAACAGCACCCGACUGGACCGUGAGUCUCAGGUUCGUCUCUUCGGUCUGGAUGUCUACUCGCUAUUCGACUCCAUCGCGAUUGUUCUGGACGAAGUGGCCAAGAUUGACCCCGCUCUAGCUGAGAAAGCUAAGCAUCACUACGCAUGUUUCGAUCCCUUCGAGGCAAACGAGGAAGAGUACCUGCAGUCCUUGGUGGAGUUCCCAGAGGGAUGCCAGGCCGAAGCUCUCAGAGUUCUCAAGGAUCUUCUGAAGAAGAGGAUCAACGAAGAGACGGCAGCAGCGGAUGGCGAUGUCGUAGCCACAUGA